AUGCAGAAAAAAAGGAAGCUGGAUAAGCUGCCAGGCAGCAGACCGUCUCUCCUGUUCUAUCUGCUUCUCCUUCCGCUCUGCGCAGCUUCUUCUUCGUCCUCUUCUUCCCAAAGGGAUGUUGAAGUUGUCACUCUUAUUUGUCGUUUCGCGGGGAACUUUUUUUAUCUCCGAGACGGCUCAGCGGCGAAACCUUUUCCCGAAAAGUCUAAAAGUUUAAACCUUAAGAAUUUUGGCCUCGAAGGUCUGAAGAUUAAAAGAUUAAAACGACAACGUCAAAAGACAAGAAGAGGUCAAGAAGAAGGACGACACAUACCCGGGAAAAGAGCAGAUUUUAUCACCAUGGCCACUGGACAGAGAUUAUUUCGACACACGCUCACGACAGCGUGCCGACUUCCACGUGCUUAUAUCUCACGACCGGGAGUUCAGUCGACGUCUAUUUCGCUCCCAUUACCACAGACAUCACCGCGAUUAUCAAGCAUUCUACCGCGUCAUCCAGCUCUAUUGUUUUCAUUACAGAGUAGGAACAGCUACUCAACGACAACCAGAGAUCCCCACCCGCUCACAGACAACAAGACACCCGCAACUACGGAAGAAGAGACACAGGCUGCUCAAGCUCGACGAGACCAGGAACCCGCAUAUCUCAUCUACUUUACGUGCAAACCAUGCUCGCACAGGUCGGCACAUCGUAUCUCAAAACACGGAUAUCAUAAGGGAACUAUCCUGAUUACUUGUCCAAGCUGUAGCAACCGACAUGUUAUCAGUGAUCAUCUGAAAAUCUUCUCAGAUGCCCCUGUCACACUUGAAGAUUUGCUUGCGCAGAAAGGCCUGAAGAUCACCAAAGGGACAAUGGAGGGGGAUAUGGAAUGGUGGGCUAAAGAUGAGGAGAAUGUUGAAGCUAGCACGGAGACUACAUCUGAGCAGGCUCAGCUAAAGGGUGGCGAGGGCCAGGAUGGAAAAGUCUAG